UCACGCCGACCUCUCAUCUCGACUUUCUGCGGCAAGUACAGAGUUUUUUAGAUCCAGUGCUGUUCUGGACUGAUGCAGGAAUAAAGACCGCAACCAGUCGUGAAUGUUAAACACAUAGACGCCGACUUAUACGUUUAAAAAUCUUGUGAGUAAAUGGGAUUCAACGUCUUCCGAACAGAAUGUAAAGAAUUCCUUGAAGGAUGUGGGGAAUUAAAGGCUCGUGCGCUGCGCUGUUAUUGUUGUUUUUGGCUUAUAUCUCCGUGUCCUCGGUUAAUGCCGACAGUUUAUCUGCUCCGCUCAAUGUGACCAUCAAAGCACUGGAGGGGAACUCUGCGAUAGUGACAUGGGACAUUCUGGAGGGAGACCCAGUCAUUGGGUUCGCCAUCACCCAGCAGAAAAAGGACGUUCGUAUGCUGCGAUUCAUCCAGGAAGUGAACACCACCACUCGUUCAUGUGCAUUAUGGGACUUGGAGGAAGACACAGAGUACAUUGUCCAUGUGCAGUCCAUUAGCAUGAGUGGCACCAGCCCCCUGAGUGAACCUGUUCUGUUCCGCACACCCAAAGAGUCAGAGAAACUGGCCUCCAAGAGCCCAGAUGAAGUGACCAUGGAGGAGGUUGGCCAGGCUGCCCAGCUCAGAGCUGGAGAGCUCAUUAUCAUCGUGGUGGUUCUCGUCAUGUGGGCAGGUGUGAUAGCUCUGUUCUGCCGCCAGUAUGACAUCAUCAAAGACAACGAGCCCAACAAUAACAAGGACAAAGCCAAGAACUCGUCAGAGUGCAGUACCCCAGAGCACCCUACGGGGGGACUACUGCGCAGCAAGGUCUAAUUACGCCUUCCCCUGUCGGCAAUAAUAGGCUUUAGCCUCAGGACAGUGCUCUGAGACAAAACAAGUAAGCCAUCAAAUCACAAAGUUGUGAAGCCCACCUCUCAUCCUCAAUCAAACGACCUUUUCGUAUUCCCAUUGACCAACAUGAACUCUUUGGUGCUUGUCUGUUUGGCACACUGACACAAACUUGAGGACGAAAUGGACAAGAUGGUUCCAGAACUGGAAGCUUGAGCAGUUUGAAGCCAGUUUUUGAGUUUCGAUCCACAGCUGCCUCAGCUGAAGGACUCAAACACAGUUGUUGUGAGCUGGAAAACCAGAGAAGCAGCGCCACCAGGACUGUCUUCGGCUCCUGUGUAGACUCACAGAGAUAAGGAGAAACCUGCCACCCUGCAUAAACCCCAAAUUAACCAGGAAGGUGGGUUGUGAAAAAGAAGCAAGAGCGUUUUUUUUUCUGAGCUCAUCGUCAUUAUCAGCUCUGAACCAGGAUCAGGUCUCUGACAGGGAUGACAUUACGAUACUUCACUAUCUCUCCAUACUCGUCGCUAUCUUGUGAAUUCGGUUCCUUCUUUUUCACCUCGAUUUCUUUACUCCAUUAUCCUCCCUUCAGCAGCCAGUCAUGGACAGUCUAGCUAAUUUGAUGUGGUUUAAUUGGUGUGGUGGGAUCUUUCUUCUCAGCACUCUCGCACUCAGGGCAUUAAGGAAAUCAUCCAUAGGAAAAAUGAUAGACCACAUCGGCCGCGUCGCAUUCACCAACCUGCGACCCAAUUAUAGCGAACUGCACAACAGCCACUGACGAUAAAGAGCUCCAUAUUAUAAUAGAAGACGUAUUUAACCGCUUGUGUGUCUCAAGUAAAUCAACAGCUUGGUGUCUCUAAUGAGCACACUACUGUACAGUGAUGGUUAAUUUGGUCCUCAUAUUACAUUUAUGAUUAGCAAAUUGUUCACAACUGUGGCUAUUUACCGCUUUUAUGUGCCACUAUGAUAUAGAGUUGGGUGCCUUUCUUCUACAGGCUUUUAUUUUAGAUUUCUUUCCCUUUAAACAAUUCAGUCUUAAAGUCGACAUGAAAUCAAAGCAGACCCUAUUUACUUUCACACUACACCUUCAAAGACUUACUGGGAGUGAUUCUUCAGAUUUUUCUUCCAGAGAGAAAAAAAAAGCUUCUUAGUAAUUCUUGAUAUUUUUUCUUACUGGUUCAAUAUUUUUAAAAGUAGGCUAGGAGAUUUCAGAGAGGCUAGCAAUAGCAAGCUAGCUUUGAAAGCAUAAGAUCCCACUCUCCCUGCAAUUCACUUUCCAAAGUCACACCUCCUCCAAAAUACAUGAACACAGACCAGAGCAACUCUCUCUCUCGCUAAGAGCUCCGUUGUGCAGCAUAACAGCAUCAUUCAUUGUAACGGCAGUUUGGGCAAGUGUGCAGAUAUACUCGUGAUGUGUAACAGCUCCGGAAAAAAAGUGAGCAUUCUUUGAUCGCUCUC